ACAUACGAUUAAUGCCUAAACUCCGCGAAUCCGCACUCUUUAAGCAAACUUUCAACUCUUUCCUCUGUUUGCAAGAAAUCCGAUUCGCUAUCUCCGUCUCAUUCGUUAUUCUCUGAUUCUCUCCCUCUUAUUCUCGGUUUGAGAGCAACAGCAACUCCCCUGUUCAUCAUUUCCCAAGCUGUGAUAUCUUCUUCCGAAGUCAGAAACAGUUGGUAGAGAAUGGCAGUCACGCAUGCCGAUCUAGCCUCGAGUCGUCGAAGCACCGAUCUCGGCAGCAAAACUGGUGCUUUCCUUUUGGUCGUUUCUAUACUCUGCGGACUUCUGUGUUUCAUUCUAUGCCUCCUUGCCGAAACCACCAGAUCCGAUGUGACAUGGAUGCUCUUGAGCAGUAACGAAGAACGGAGACAUGCAUGUAUUUACAGCGACAGCGGGAAGACUCCGCUGUUGUGCGCCGGCGGUGCAUUUCUGAGCCUAGCGAUCGCCAUGAUCGUGGAACAUGCAUACAUACAUGCUGCAGUUUACAACAACUUAAUACCCUCGACCUUGAUUGCUUUGAACAACUCGGGUUUUUGCCUUUCCCGGUCCCUUUCAUGGCAAGCCGGAUUCUUCUUUCUUACAACUUUGAUGUGUUUUGCGGUGACGGAGGUGAUAUUGCUGAUUGGACUCGGAAUUGAAUCGGGACAUCUAAACGAGUGGAGUAGACCGAGAACGAGUUGCCUCGUUGUCCGGGAAGGCUUAUUUUCCGCUGCUGGAGUUUCGGGACUAACAACGGUCUUCCUCGCUUCCGGCUUAUAUCUCACAGCAUUGCGCGCACAACGGUUACAAGAGCACGAGGAUAACGUACGCCGGGAGGCAUUGGACGCAUCGGUUCUCUAUGCCGACCAUGCAUCUCCCCCAAUCACCGCAAACGGUGCGGAGAACACACACGUCAGGCAAGAAUAUGACGAUCAUCCUUUACCGAACAGGGACCCACAACCAUCUCUCACCCUCAAUAAAAUCAUGAAUCCUGUGUAGUUUUAGUUGGUUAGUUGGAAGGUCAGGUGGUUGACUGGUUGUAUCACAGUUGCUUCGCCGCACUGUUCGUUUUUUUUUUCUUUUCAUGUAAAGAGAUU